AUGGAUGCCUUCUUUGAACAGGCAUCUGCUAAAAUGGGUGGAACGCCAACAGCAGAACAAUUAAAAAUUGUUGCCUCUAUUUUAUCAUCCUAUCCAUGUGCUAUCUUAUUCAAAUUAAUUCCUGAUCAACAAACAUUAGUGAAGCAUUUAUUCUCUAUCUUUAUCACAUCAUUUAUUAUGAUUUCAGUACUUCAUUCAUAUGCAGGAUUUAUACAUAUUACUUUGUCAUGUUUCUUUACUUUUAUCUUUAUGAAAUAUUAUAAACGUAAGAAUGGGCCUUGGAUUAACUUUGUAAUCAUCAUGAUUAGUAUGUCAUACAGCCAUUUAUCUCGCCAAUUAGUUGGUUUUGAUGCUGAUAAUUCAAAUGAUUAUUCUGGUAUGCUCAUGAUUGCCACUAUUAAAUUAACUUCAUUUGGAUUUAAUGUGGCUGAUGGUCGCACAAAAGAUCAAACUAUACUGUCAAGUUACAACCAGCGCAUGAAAAUUGAAAGAUACCCUACUCUAAUUGAAUUUUUCGGUUGGAUGUUCUUCUUUGGUGGAUUUUUAGUAGGACCUACUUCAGAAUUUAUGGAUUAUAUGCGUUUCGUAACAAUGCAAAUGUUUCAAGUCAAGGGCAAAACUAAGGUUCCUGUUCCUAUUAAACAAACUCUCUUUUUAAUUAUCAAGAGUUUAUUAUUUAUAGCUGCUGUCGUCGUUAUUUCUCCUUAUUAUAGUUCUGCCAAUAUUGAUUCUGAUGCAUGGAGAAGUUUAUCGUUUGUAAAAAAACUCAUUUAUCUUCAGGUAGCCGCUUUCACAUCCCGUUGUAAAUAUUAUGUUGCUUGGUAUUUAUCAGAAGGAGCAAGUGUAUUGUGUGGUUUUGGAUUUAAUGGGUUUGAUUCAAAUGGUAAACCACGUUGGGAUCGAUUUACAAACCUUUAUGUAUUUAAAUGUGAGCUUGCUCAAUCUAUUAAGGAAAUGAUUGAUCAUUGGAAUAUGGGUGCUAAUCGUUGGUUACGUUAUUAUGUAUACUUGCGUGUUACUCCCCCAGGUCAAACCGGUGGUGCUAUGAGCGCAUUUAUUACUUAUGCUGUCUCUGCUCUUUGGCACGGAUUUUAUCCUGGUUAUUAUCUAUUCUUCUUAUCUGUUACUCCUUUCCAAUUGUUGGCACGUAACUUUAGAAGAACAUUCCGUCCACUCGUCUUUAUUCCAGGUACAAAGAAUCCUAAACCUAUGCUUAAAUUCUUUUAUGAUAUCAUUACUUGUAUUGUAACCAUGACAAUCGUCAACAUACUCUCGGUUGCUUUCAAUCUACUCUAUUGGAAACCAGUCAUUAGAGCUUGGUCCCAAAUUUAUUAUGUUCAUUAUUUGGUUGGC